AUUUUCCCUGAAUACAUAGUAAUCCAGUGCUGGAGGGACACAGACCCACCAGUGCACUCAGAGGUUGUUUGGAAGACUGGUAGGGAACCUUUGAGGACUUAGAGGGCUGCAGCUCUUGCUGUUGCCCCACACAGCUGGUUCUAUCAUUACUUAGAACCGUGAGGAUCAACAUAGACACCAGAGGGACAGCAUGCUUUUUUUCUUGCUCUUAAAGGACAUUUUUCUUUUGAGAGGAGCUUACGCGUUAUAAAGUAUCACUUUUUGUGCCUAGCACUUCUUGAGAGGCUUGGGAUGGUUGGGAGACAAAGCGUUCCCUUUUGAGGUUCACCUAACCCAGGAUUGGUGGUAUGAGAGGAUAACCAAUGCCAGAUGUGUGGGAGAACAAUCUGACUGAUUUCAUUUGAAUGAACAUCGACCUCCUUCAGUAUUACUCUUUGCUCGCAAUGGCAAGUUAAUGCUUAAUCUAUGAGCAAUAACUGGUUAGCACAUGCCCAUAGCCGUGUGCAUGUUUAUGGGAGGUCAGAUGGAGACAUAGAGCCAAUUAAAAGCAGCUCAGUUCUGUUUCAAGUUCAGUUCCGAGUUUCAAGCUUUACCAACACAACAGGAGGCAGGAGGCUCUUCCAGAAGGACUGGACAUGGCCAGUGGCGUGUAUAUCUCAAAGUUUCUGGCCAUAGCCACAGUGGUGUUUACCGUCUCAUCUAUUGGAGGAAUAAUUACAAUGAUGAUUGUGUAUGAGACUGAAAGAAUCAAGACAGGUCCUACACCACCACCAACACCUAAUGCCACUACUCCGUAUCCAACUGGACCACCACCCAACCUGAGACUCCCAGGAAACCUCAUUCCAGAGUACUAUGACAUCGUCCUACAGCCUCACCUCUACACCGUUAUAACCAACGCUACCAACCAAUCUCUCAUCUUCACUGGAAACUCCACUGUGAAUUUUAGAUGUGUGGAGAACACCAAAACUAUCUUCCUUCACAGUAAACAGAAUGUGACUGAUGUAACAGUGAAAAAUCGUGACAAUGAAAAGACCAUCAAAGUUCACAACACCAUACUGUAUAAUAAUGAAAGCAACUUCUUAGAGAUUCAACUGGAAGAUGUUUUAGAGGAAGGUGGGAACUACAGUCUCUUUACUGCAUUUAAGGGGGAGCUCCUUGAUGAUCUGGCUGGUUUUUACAUGAGUUCAUACAAAAAAGAACCAAGCACAAAGGAUGACACUGAAAGGUAAGUGUUUCUUUGAUAACUGCUGAAAAACAAAACAUUAUCAAUAAUUUGUCCAAAAAAUAUGAAAAGAAUGCUGUGAGAUGGAAAAUAGAUUUGACUCUUAUAUGAAAACCCAUUUACAGGUGGUUCGGGAAUGAAACGAUUAUCGUUGAGCUUGAUGAAAGGUAAGACUUGUACAAAUCUGAUAAUAUAUGUUUGCAUCAUCAAUUGCAUUACAUAACUGGAUUGAUCACCAACUACCACCCUAAACAGUGCUCAGGUUGGAUAGAGAUUUCUAUAUGAUAAAGGCAUGAUCACAUGGGCAAUUUACAGGUGAUAGUUGUCUAGCGACUCUGUGAUUAUAAGAGAAGCACACUUAACUCCUGAACCUGUAAAAUGUCCAGACCUCUUGACCUACUGUGUCAUUAGAUCCAGACCUCUUGGCAGAGGCUGUUACAUCUAGGAGUCUAUAGUAUGAAAGAUUACUGACAGGUUAGGGAAGGCAGUAGCUUGCUCCAUUAAUAUGCAGUGCUUCCUCAAAAUGUAUUAAUGGUGCUGAAACCACUUGGUCAUUACACUUUGACACACAUGAAUAUGUGAUCGUUACCAUGCUGUAAAUCAGUGACCUGCUAGUUUACAGACCACAGUGCUUGAACAGAGAAAGGACACAAAGUUUCUCAUGAUUUGUAUUCUAUUGUACUCACAUGUUUCCCUAAUAAAACACGAUUUGCUUUUCUUUAAAAAGAGCCCAAAGUGGCCUCUUCAGUGGAUAUGUGUACAGACAUGGAUGUUCCCAUGUCCUUUGAUGAGGCCAUUUUGGCUCUUCAUAAGAAAUAGGAGCUCCAGCUGCAAGCAAAUCAUGUUUUUUAGGGAAGCAUGAGAGUACAAUAGAAUACAAAUCAUGAGAAACUUUGUGUCCUUUCUCUGUUCAAGCACUGUGGUCUGUAAAACGAGCAGGUCACUGAUAUACAGCAUGGUAACGAUCACAUAUUCAUGUGUGUCAAGGUGUCAUGUUUUCUAGGGAAAUACAACAUGUCCUUAAAAAUGGGAAUAUAUUUCCUUAUUUCUUGUCAUAUCAAAUCACCCAGCAGUUGUUAGUCCUGGCUCCUAUUUACAGUAUAUGCUCAACUUAAAAGUGUUUAUGGUAAAAAGACCCCCUGGGAGAAUGUUGCAAUUUUUUACUCAGUUCACUUCAGCAACAGCUUUGCUUCUCAUUCCUUGAAUAAAAUAGGACAGUCGUUUGACACAAAUUGUUACUUCCUCAGUGGCUUUACAAUUACAGUACUGUAUCGCAAUAAAUGUCCAUCACAGUUCAUACUGUAGACAUUGGAAGCUUGGAUACUUUGAAAUACUGAAAGGCUAAUCGAAUCAAAAUGACAAGCAACUAUUUUCUGUAUUUUAUUGCUGUUGUUCAAUUGUAGUUGUAAUAUUUAUCCUAUUUUUCAAAAAAUACUUUCCACACAGAUUCAUUGCUACUAGCCAAAUGCAGCCAACAGAUGCCAGGAAAGUAUUUCCUUGUUUCGAUGAGCCAGCCAUGAAGGCUAAAUUUCAAGUCACUAUCAUCCAUAGGCCUGGCACACACGCACUAGCAAAUGGGAAAGCCACAGGUGAGAAGCACAUUUAAUUCUCUUGUCAUACUAGGCAAAAGGGUGUCUUACAUUCAUACUGUAUGUAGACUAUACUGUAUAUUCAAUAAUAUAGACAUACACUUAUGACUUCUCAAUAAAUUCAUCAUUUUAUAUGCAUGUCUUUUUGUAAACUAUAACCAUGUUUCCAUCCAACCGUUUUAUGCGAGUAAAGUACAUAUCAGAUAAAAAAUCUCACGACAGGCCUGAUGGAAACAGCACAUUUUUCGGUACACUUUCCAAAUGUUGACAAAACUAAAUACGCUAGACAAGGUGGUAUCUUUUUGUUUGGGUAAAAUGAAUUAUGCGAGAAAUUGUGUUGGAAAGCUAUUAUAUGCAAAUGUUGAUAUAAUAACCAUCAUAUCGAAGUUAACUUGGAGUCACGCGAUGAUACCUUGUGUGGUCCUCCCACUACGACUCGGGAAACCACACAAUUUAUUAGGCUACAGAUUAAAUAAUUUAUGAACUUCACAGGGUGGUGAAAGUUUCCAAUUCUGGUGACAUGAUGAUCGAUGCUUGACUGCCGAUUGACAAAUAAAAAAGUGUUGCUCUUAUCCAUAAUAAGCUCAUCAUGUAGACUAGCCUACCCGCACUGUAUCUGCUAGCUGUUGGCUAGAGCACACGUGCCAAGACCAGAGUGGGCACAUUUGCUAUUUAACACAGUUUUUGUGACAAAACAAUCGGUAGACUUUAAAAUGGGUUGGAAACACAUUGAACUUUAGAUUUUCAUCCGGGACAUGAAAACGAAAGCGAAAAAGUACAUUUUGUGUGCACUAUGUCAUCACUGAGUGUCUUUUAUCUGUAUCAAGUCCAUUUGGUGGAAACACACCACUGGUGGGAAAAUGCGCAUAUUAUAUUUAUGCGGAUUUUAGAAUACUGAUUGAUAUUCCCAUGAAAAUGUGUCACCAAUUGGAUGGAAACCUAGCUAUACAUUCACAAAUUAUGAGGCUAAUUCAUGCAUAUACUAUUCCUGUUCUUUUUGCUUAUAUAGAGUAUGCUAUUUACUGUAGAUUGUGUGACGUGUCAAAACAAAAUGAUUUUCUUUCUUACUUUCAAAGUAAUCAGUGUAUUUUUAAAUUACUUUUAGGUAGUACCCUUGUGGAUAUCGAUGGAGAGCUCUGGGAAGUCACUCGCUUUCAAAUGACUAAGAAAAUGUCAACAUACCUCUUAGCUUUCACAGUGUCUGAUUUCAAGUUCAUACAAUCUAAUCAUGAAAGAGUUGAAAUUAAGGUAUGUAUAGUUGUUGAAUUAUAGCUGUAAUAGUGUAUUAUAUGAUAUCAACUAAAUUACUUGUAUUUUGUAACAUAUGUAUAACAAGGACCAUGUGAAAAGGUUUGUAUUUUAAUAGCCAAGUCAAAGAAAGUUGAUACAGUAGUAAAUGAAAAAUAAAUGGCAAUUCUCUCUAGAUUCCAGGCAAACCACCAUACAUUUCAUGUAAACAUGACAGUUUUGAAACAUAGCUUCUCCAAAAAAAUGUGUAUAUGUAUUCAGUUUAGACUAUACUGCUGAUUUUCAUGGUAGAGAUGUGUUUACUCACCAAAUCAUAUUGAUAUGAUACUAAAACUCACUUUUUUCUUCUCUGUUCGGUUUGUUAAAGACAUAUGCUCGACCGGAGGCCAUAAAAGCUAGACAUGCAGAGUAUGCAGCAGAUAUCACUGGAAAAAUACUGACGUUCUAUGAGAGUAAAGAAGUAUUUGGCAUGAAUUAUCCUUUGAACAAGCUAGGUAUGUGCACUAUUGCACCAUAACAAUGUAAAAUAAGCAUGGGUUUAUCAUCACAUUUCAACAAAGAUGAAUUGUCAUAAAAUCAAUUGAAUUCUUUACUCCAUAAAUUACCUGUCUAAAACAUUGUAAGAAGAACACUGAUAAUGUUGUGAAAUUCAAUUAAAUCAUCAGCUGAAAUGUAAUCAAACAGCAUACGGUUAUGUACAACUAAUGCUUGCAAAUGGUAUGCAAUAUAAAAUAACCUCUUUUAUAUCUACUUUAGAUCAGAUUGCUCUACCAGACUUCAGUGCAGGUGCCAUGGAGAAUUGGGGCUUGGUAACAUAUCGUGAGACAUCUCUGCUAUAUGAGGAAGGGGUGUCCUCCACAUCAGACAAAGAGAGGAUUGCCACAGUUAUUGCACAUGAGCUUGCCCAUCAGGUACGAAAACUCAUAAUUACUAUAUGUCAAAAUCUAGUAAAAGAUGUAUAAUGUAAACUUAACUACAAUUCAUUAAAACAUUAUAUUGUAUUGUAGUGGCAUUUACUGUAACACCACUUAAAUAUGUUGUUUUCAGUGGUUUGGAAACCUGGUGACAAUGAAAUGGUGGAAUGACCUGUGGCUGAAUGAGGGAUUUGCAACAUAUAUAUCUUAUAUGGGAGUGGAUCACAUUGAGCCUAAAUGGAACAUAGUAUGUCCCCAUCAACAUUAAUAAUUUGACUUCCCAUUCUCAGUAUAUAUUUUUCUGCAUCUAUUGCAUAAGAUUGCAAAUUGUGGUCACACUCUGAAGAGGUUUCAAAUGUUUUGUUUUUCCAGAAAGAUCUGAUUGUUCUAAAUGACAUCCAGACUGUAUUUCAAGUGGAUUCGUUGGCCUCAUCCCAUCCUCUAAGCUCUAAUGAGGAUGAUGUUCAAACUCCUAGUGACAUCACUGAGCUUUUUGAUUCCAUCACCUACAGCAAGGUCUGGAUGUGACCGAGCCCAAUGGGGGAAGAGAGACAAUAUCAAAAACGUUAUUUUUUUACAUUUUAUUUUACAUUGUACAGGAAUGUUCUUUAUAGUGACGCAAUGAGUUAAUGUAAUCUAUGAAUAUGAACAUAUCUUUUCACUCUUCAGGGGGCAGCUGUGCUGAGAAUGCUUGCAGAUUAUCUGACGGAUAAGGUGUUCCUGGAUGGUCUGAAAGUAAGUCAAAAUAUGUCUCUGUCCAUUAUAGGUGUAGGAUGGCUUAUUGUCAGUGUGUGGAACAUCUAUGUGGUAUAUUUGUUUUUUGCAAUUUUCCAUAUGGAUGUAUCAAAACUAAUGGGAACGUUUUGUGGAUCAAUAAUCAAUGACAUUUUUGUAUCCAAUUCUUAAGAGUGUGUGUAAAUACUAUUGUUUCAAAACGUUUCAGAAAUACCUUCAUGCUUUCCAGUACAGUAAUACUGUACACAAGGACCUGUGGGAAUAUUUACAACAGGUAAACUAUGAUACAGUAGUUUUACUAGGCCUAUUAACACAAAACUCGUAUAUGUAUUUCUGUGCUUUCAAGCACGUAAAACGUAUAGAAUGCUUUAGCCGCAUGAAUACAUGGUCGAAAAUGCUAAUGACAAAAACUUUCUAGGCGGUGCACCAAAAUGGCUACGAAAUUGAAGUUGCUAAAGUCAUGGAAACUUGGACAAUGCAAAUGGGCUACCCUGUCAUCACCAUCAACACCACCACUGGGGACAUUUCUCAAGAACAUUUCCUCCUAAUUCAAACAUCUGACUACAAGUAAGUCCAAGAAACACCACAGAGAGAGAAAAGAAAUGGAAGAGGUGUCCUAAACCAAUGAUCAUCCCCUCCAUGUAGAAUUAGAUGCCUAUAUGGCUGACCUUGUGAAAUCCUGCGCUAGGUCCCCCACAGCAGGUGGGUAGUUCAAACCAAGGCUACUCCACCUCUAAGCAAUGCAUUAUUGCUACUCUGACAGACAUUCCAGUCAACAGUUUUAGAGUCUCAUUGGUAACACUUCAAUUGAACUAUACGCCAUAACAGCUACAGUUGAAGUCGGAAGUUUACAUACACUUGGUUGGAGUCAUUAAAAUACGUUUUUCAACCACUGCACAAAUGUCUUGUUAACAAACUAUAGUUUUGCCAAGUCUGUUAGGACAUCUACUUUGUGCAUGACACAAGUAAUUUUUCCAACAAUUGUUUACAGACAGAUUAUUUCACUUAUAAUUCACUGUAUCACAAUUCCAGUGGGUCAGAAGUUUACAUAACUAAGUUGACUGUGCGUUUAAACAGCUUGGAAAAUUCCAGAAAAAUAUGUCAUGGCUUUAGAAGCUUCUGAUAGGCUAAUUGAUAUAAUUUGAGUAAAUUGGAGGUGUACCUGUGGAUGUAUUUCAAGGCCUACCUUCAAACUCAGUGCCUCUUUGCUUGACAUCAUGGGAAAAUCAAAAGAAAUCAGUCAAGACCUCAGAAAAAAAAUGGUAGACCUCCACAAGUCUGGUUCAUCCUUGGGAGCAAUUUCCAAACGCCUGUACAAACAAUAGUACGCAAGUAUAAACACCAUGGGACCACGCAGCCGUCAUACCGCUCAGGAAGGAGAUGCGUUCUGUCUCCUAGAGAUCAAAGUACUUUGGUGUGAAAAGUGCAAAUCAAUCCCAGAACAACAGCGAAGAACCUUGUGAAGAUGCUGGAGGAAACAGGUACAAAAGUAUCUAUAUCCACAGGAAAACUAGUCCUAUAUCGACAUAACCUGAAAGGCCGCUCAGCAAGGAAGAAGCCACUGCUCCAAAACCGGCAUAAAAAAAGCCAGACUUUGGUUUGCAACUGCACAUGGGGACAAAGAUCUUACUUUUUGGAGAAAUGUCCUCUGGUCUGAUGAAACAAAAAUAGAACUGUUUGGCCAUAAUGACCAUCGUUAUGUUUGGAGGAAAAAGGGGGUUAAUUGCAAGCCGAAGAACACCAUCCCAACCGUGAAGCACGGGGUUGGCAGCAUCAUGCUGUGGGGGUGCUUUGCUGCAGGAGGGACUGGUGCACUUCACAAAAUAGAAGGAAGGAACAUUAUGUGGAUAUAUUGAAGCAACAUCUCAAGACAUCAGUCAGGAAGUUAAAGCUUGGUCGCAAAUGGGUCUUCCAAAUGGACAAUGACCCCAAGCAUACUUCCAAAGUUGUGGCAAAAUGGCUUAAGGACAACAAAGACAAGGUAUUGUAGUGGCCAUCACAAAGCCCUGACCUCAAUCUUAUAGAAAAUGUGUGGGCAGAACUGAAAAAGCGUGUGUGAGCAAGGAGGCCUACAAACCUGACUCAGUUACACCAGCUCUGUCAGGAGGAAUGGGCCAAACUUCACCCAACUUAUUGUGGGAAACUUGUGGAAGGCUACCCGAAAUGUUUGACCCAAGUUAAACAAUUUAAAGGCAAUGCUACCAAAUACUAAUUGAGUGUAUGUAAACUUCUGACCCUCUGGGAAUGUGAUGAAAGAAAUAAAAGCUGAAAUAAACCAUUCUCUCUACUAUUAUUCUGACAUUUCACAUUCUUAAAAUAAAGUGGUGAUCCUAACUGACCUAAAACAGGGAAUUUUUACUAGGAUUAAAUGUCAGGAAUUGUGAACAACUGAGUUUAAAUGUAUUUGGCUAAGGUGUAUGUAAACUUCCAACUACAACUGUACAUACUAUUAUCAUGAACAUGACAAUGAAUGUCAUAAGAUGACAUAUGUUGACAUAACAGUUUAUGUUGCUUAACCUAAAGAUUGUUGCUUAAAUUGCAAAAAAUGCUCAACAUAUGUCCCAACACCUGUCAUAACAAUUUAUAAUACAUUCAGUUAUGACAUGUUUAUGACAAUAUUAUGACUGCUGUUGUCAUGUAUAUUUAAAAUAAGAUGUUACUAUAUUAUUACCCUUUAAAUUGGAUGACAUUGUAAUGAAUUAGGCCUACAUUUAAGCAUUUUAUUCGCAUAUGUAAAUAUCAAUGGCUGUAGGUCAUAAUAGUAUGCCAUUGAUUUUGAUUCAUUUAUCUCUUUCAUUAGUUUUACAUGGCAUGUCCCAAUCAAAGUGAUGAAGGAAGGUUUACCUCCCACAACAGAAGUACUGUCUAGUCCUACAAGUAAGGAAUAUUACAUUGAAUGAACUUAUGUACACUAUGUAAAAUUGUUUAUGUAUGUCUUAGUAUCACCUAAUGAGUAACCUCGUCCCCAGGGUAACUGAGAGAGCUGAUCGGAUGAGCUAAAUUAUGUUCUGUACAGUAAUUCUCCAUUAUUAUAGAUAGACUGAACAUGGCAAAUAUCCUACUGUAUACCAGUGUUGUAGGUCUCGAGUCUGUCUCGGUCUUGUCUUGGUGUCGGAUACUUUUUUACUUGGUCUUGACUCAGUCUCGAACAGUGAGGACUCGUAAUUUCUUCCCGAGACCAGCAGAGUAAAAAAACGCAUCGUUUUCAGCUCCCAUUCAGUCAACGGAUUAAAACGCUUCCACAGGUCAAAUAUCCACACUCCCUUCAUGAUGCGUUAAUAUCUUAUCGCCUAUUGGAACCUGGGCUUCCUUCCUUACUCGUAACAUUACUGGCCUUUACUUUCGUUGAAAACUAUCUUCAAACCUUGUUGCACUCGUCUGAAUGUCUUUGGUCAGUGCUAUUCGAGAUCCUUGGGACGUCCCUACUCCCUACCCUAACUAUUUGAAAUGUCAAUUUAAAUGGGGUUGGGACAUCCCAAGGAUCCCUGAUAGUACGGACCGAAUUUCUUUGCUCCGCUAGUGCAGGUUGGCAGGUUGACUAGUGCAGUGUAGUCAAUAGCUGGCAAAACCACAAUAUCAUAAAAUCUGAUUUGAAACCUAACCAUAAACUUAACCACACUGAUAACCGUAUGCCUAACCCUGAUCUUGAAUUAAGACCAACAUUUUUGUUUUGUUUUCAGGAAUUGUUAGUAUAUAAAGCCAAUUUUUACUUUGCCACUGGCCAAUCUAGUGGAAAUCGCUUAGCUCUGCCUCCAGGACAAGAUUCAUCCCAAUAAACGUCACCUGCUCAGUGCAGCUAGUAGGGAAGCGUUGGAAAACUAUUAGGAAGGGCAGACCGAGGAAGUUGUUACAUAUUUUGUCUUUUUAUCUAUUAUUUAGAGACCUGUUUGGGUUAGUGAUAAUUUGUAGAGUGGCUCUCUAUUUUCCCUCAGCAUGCAUUUUUCCACCAUUCUGAAUGUCAAAAAAAUCCAUAUGUUCUUCUUAAUAUGAACACAGAAAUACUGGGAAUUCGGACUCUUAUUAUGGAGGUGAUUUGAAACAAUUACAAUCAUGGUCUUAAAUUGGACUCGCAUUGUUUUGGUCGCGGUCUUGACUCGGUCUCGGUCCCCUCGCCUCGGUCUAGAUUCGGUCUCGGCCCCCUCGCCUCGGUCUUCAUUCGGUCUUGACAUGGACUAGAUUUGCUCCAGUCUUGGUCUUGAAUCGGUCUCCCUUUAGGUGGCCUCAAGCACAACACUGCUGUAUAUUGUAUGAUAAUAGCAAACCCAACUAAUUAAAUGCUGCUAGUCAGUAGUUCUGUGAAUAAAAACCUAAUUGAGGCAAAACUGUACUCUCAUGUUCUGUAUUUGUUCAACAGAAACGAUGUCAGUGUUCAAGUCUGAAGAUGGCAAGUGGGUGCUUGCCAACAUAAACUGUACGGGAUAUUUCAGAGUCAACUACGAUCCAGCAAAUUGGGAAAGACUGCUCUCUCAGCUGGAAAUGAAUAUUCAUGUCAGUCUUCCUCAUUUGUGUCGAACAGUAUUGUUCAUACAGUCCUAGUCAGACACAAAACAGAGCACAUUAUUGCAGGUGCUUAGAAGGCUGCGCUUGUGCAUUAUCAUGAACUGUCCUCGGCAGAAUAAACGAUGUAGCAUAUUCUAAGGAGACUAGGUGAUAUUUUGUUAUGGUAAUAAAUAUUUGGAGAGAAUGUGCUGGACAAGGUUUUUGUAAGUACAUUGAAGAAUGCCAGACACCUGGCAUGCAUCCGCUAUUUUGAACCCCUCGUCACAGAUCACAGACCAUGGAGCAUGACCCUUAAUAAGUCAAAUAAGAUAAUAUGCUAUUGUAGUUUGCUUUAAUAAUUAGAAUUCAUUUGAUUUAUUCACAGGAAAUUCCACUCAUCAACCGGGGACAGCUUAUUGAUGAUGCAUUCAACCUGGCAAGGUAGUCUCAUCUAAGAAUGAUAAAUUCAUGGUUUUCCUUCAAAAUGUAUACUCUGGUACACAUCUUACACAUUACAGUGAUUGCAUUUUCAUGGUUUGAAACCUUAUGGAAGUCAUGCUUUCAUGAUGCAAUUAAUAUCCUCAUUGGACUGCUAAGGUCUUCUUAUAUGAUGUAUUAUAUGUUUAUCUAGGGCCAAACAUAUUAAUGUGACACUGGCUCUGAGAACUACCAAGUACCUCCGGAAUGACACAGAGUACAUACCAUGGGAAUCGGCACUGAGAAACCUGGACUAUUUCAUUCUUAUGUUUGAUCGCUCCGAGGUCUAUGGCCCAAUGCAGGUCAGUACUCAAAUACAGAUACUGUACAUUAAAGUGCCCUGUUAUCAUAGGAAACUGUAUUCCUACACAAUUGAGUGACAAAUACGAGUGUAAUGUUAUUUUUCCUAUGCUAUUCCCAGGCAUACAUGCGAAAGCAAGUUGGUGGCCUUUAUCAACAUUUUGAAAAUGUCACUACAGUCCCUGAGAAUCAUUCUGAACAGUGAGAUUUAUUUUCUCCCAUAAUCAUCUGAUAUUGCAAUCCCAUUAACAUUUCCUCUCUGAAAGCAUGUUAUUAACAUGUUAUUAUUUGUUCGCAGGUACAACCAGAUUAAUGCCAUCUCAGUCGCAUGCAGCAAUGACAUUGAAGACUGCCAAACAAUGGCAAAAAAGCUCUUUGACAACUGGAUGACAAACGAAACCAACAAUCUGUAUGGGAUUGAGUUUCAUCAAACCAACAUAACCAGAUGCACUUAGCACUGUAUUCCACAGUUGAAUGGGAUCAUCAUAUAAUUCAGAACACAUAACACAUUUAUAACCUGUAAUAUGCAUGAUAUUGAUUCAAUAACAUAAUACCAGAAUGUUAUAUGCUAUUUUGGCUAUAUUGAGUGUAUUGAUCCUUUUAACUUUAAUGAACAGAUACUGUUUCUCUCUAUGAUUAUCCCCUCUGUCACAGCAUACAACCCAACCUGAAGGCCACCAUCUACUGCCAAGCUAUAGCUGCUGGGGGAGAGAAGGAAUGGGAAUUCGCUUGGGGCAAGUUCCAGAAUGCCACCAUAGCCACGGAGAAAGACAAACUAAGAUUUGCCCUCUCAUGCACCAGGAAGAUCUGGCUCCUGAACAGGUUAGAUUAUUUCCCUCUGUACCACCCUCUUCGGGGACAUGAACUUUAGUUACUGUGCAACCAUUUACCGGACAUUUCCUUCUUAUCUUGCAGAUACCUUGAGUACACUUUGAACCCUGACAAGAUAAGAAAAAUGGAUGCCGUUUCUACCAUCAACUACAUAGCCAGGAAUGUGGCAGGGCAAGCAAUAGCCUGGAAUUUUGUACGCGCCAACUGGAACUACAUCAGCUUGGAGUAUGUUUAUUUCUGUUGUUAAGUACUGUAUAUAGGGCUAAUGUUACGACAAACAAGCCAGAGAACCAAGUUCGUUUCCAACUGAAAUAAUGGACCCAUGAUCUACUAGUAAUUAUACAGCUCAUGAGGUGGCACAGUUAAGGGUUUUUGUAUGGUGUCUCAUAAGGUGUUGUAUAAAAAUCACCUAAAUAAACCUCAAGCAAUAAAGCAAUAUACCAAUAAGGAAGGCGUAGACCGAUCAACCAUGUCGGGUACUAAGGUCUCCUUGGGCAAUCAGAGGAAAUCACAUCUGCUCUAAUUUAUCAUCCAUUUGUUUGGAGUUGCCAGGCAGUCAUAAAUUGACUUCUAUUAAACUGCUUGCUGAGCAAACAUGCUCAUCUCUCCCCUCCACCCUCUUCCUCAGGUACGGAGGAGGGAUCAUGUCAUUUGGCCGUCUGAUUGAGGGAGUGACGCAGAGAUUUUCCACGGACUUUGAGCUCCAAGAGGUGAGCUUCUCCCCAUUGGUAACAGGCAGGCCUACAACAAUAUCUGAGUCACAAACCUCUCCUCCUCCUCCGCCUUGAUGACUGAAUAGAAUGCGUGAUUGAGUUUUAAUGUCUGGGGAUGAGAGACUUGGUUCAGCUGGUGGGAGUUGAGUUUUGAGUAAUGGCACUAAUUACUGGUUUCCGCCCUAAUUCUAACUUUUCCCUGAUUGUUAUUGUGCAGCUGAAGCAGUUCCAGAGCGACUAUGAUGAAACAGAAUUGGGUUCUGCGAGCAGGGCCCUAGAGCAAGCCAUUGAGAGAACUCAGGCCAACAUUAAAUGGGUGAAGGAAAACCAGCAGACUGUUCUGGAGUGGUUUAGAAGAGAAUCAAGCGAGAGCAGCUGAACUGAGCUGAUGGGAUGAAAAGCAGAUUUUAUUUAAUUCUAAUUACAUACAAAAACAGGUUCCAUAUAAUCAACAUGCAAUAUUAUUCUAAAAGAAAUACGUAUAUUUCAAUGUUUGAAAGGAAUUACGUCACUUGUAGUAAUUCAACAAGAAAUUCUAAUGUUUUAUUUGAACAAGUAACAUUCCACCAUUUGUUAUUGAGACUUGCCAAUAUUGUUGACACUGAAAAAGUCAAAUCCAAAGAAAGCACUUCCUCAGGUUCAUUGACAACUACAAUUAUUUUGUUAAGACUAUCAAACAACACGCAACUAUAGCAAUAUUAUGUCUAUGCAUUUGUAAAAGUAUUAUGUGCCAAUGUAUUGCAUCUUGCCAUUUUCCUUUUUGUAAUUUUCCUUUUUUAAAUGAAUGUAAAACUUUGGGCUAUCAUGUCAUGGGGGGGACUAUUCAACAAUAAAUAUGAACAUUAUUGUAUCUAAGUGUAUUAUUUGUUAGUAAAAGGCUCAGAAAAACUGAGAUACAUUUAGUUUAUUUGUUACAUGUACACAAGUAAUGAUGGUAACCCAAACGGUUUCUAAUCUUUUUUGGAGAAUGCAUGAUUUAAAAUCACCUACAAUAGUUUACUUAGCCUACUGUAGCCUAAAUCUAAGUGGCAACUUCAUACAUUUGCACACACUGAUAUUCUGAUUAGCAGGCAACGGUUACUCUACUAGUAAAAGUUAUAACUCUGCCCUUGCAUGAUCACUCAUACCCAAUUGAUGGUUUACAUUUUGGAUGACACAUCAUUAGAACAAGAACCCCAUCACAUAAAUUGCCAUUUGUUUUAUUACAAGGUUAAUAUGUGCAGUACAUAUCAUUUGUACCCUUCUACAAACAAGGAUACAUUCUCAAUAGAGAAUUAGUAGAGGGGUAAAGCAUGUAUGCUGUUUACCAAAGACCGGUUCAAAGCAAUACUUUUACACCCCUAUACCGAAGAUACAUUGCAAUAGCCAGAUUUGUCAAUUUCUUGUAGAGAACUCUAUAUUACAAAAGGAGUGCUGAAUAAAAAGCAACAUUUAAAAAAUGAAACAAGCCUCUUCCUUUUUAGUGUGCAUAUGCUGCACAAGCAACGUUGGUGGCUGGAACCGUGGCGUACAAACCAACAUAGGAAUAAGGAGGUUUUACUGUGCAAUUCCAUUCAUCUCCUCAAUCAUCCUAAAACAGAAACACAGUGAUAGGGGUCCAACAUUGAAAUGGGGUGUCAUAAAAGAUAUACAGUACAGAGAAAAUGCAAUAAUGUAUGUAGAUAAUUUAAUUAGACUGUAGAUCAUUUUUGACAUGUUCUUCAAAAGAUUUAAACUUUAAAUAAAGGAAAUAAAUCGUGCCUCAGGAAUCUCGCACUCCCCUUACCCAUUCCUCCUCAUCUGCUCCCUCGCCCUUGCCUUCAGACUUCGUUGCACUGCUGGCAUCUGAUUUGUUGGCCAUUAUUUUGUCUGUCCACGAUGCUCCUGCCUCUUUGUCUCCGGCAAAAUUGCACUUGGUCACUGUGCCUCCAUCGAUUUUGGCCAAGGAAACUGAAAGAGCAGACAAAAACUAAGUACACAAUGCUGAUCCUGUUUAGAGCUACAAUCAAACUGCAAACGGUUUAGGCUACUUUUCAAGGGAUUGCUGAACAUCAAACUUACAAAUAAAUGGGCCAUCGCCUUUGGUUUUCAGUCUAAUGUCCUGGCCUGUUUCUAGUUCAGUCUUGCCCAUCUCUCCCUCUGGGUACCAGAAAGCGUAGGUCCCACUUGGACAGUGUUUCCCUGUCACUUUCACCAGAUCCUCCUUGGUCACUAGGUUUUCCAGCUGGACUUCAGUGAGGCAAUCAGUCUCUCCUUUAGCCUCCACCUCUGCAUGGUAGUAACAAACAACACACCAGUUCAGACAGCACCACUAGAGUUGUUUUUACAAAGAAUAUAGUAUGGUGGUAAAUGUAUGUAUGUUUUAACAUCAUUCUGAGAGUCCUUGAACAAGCUUUGAUGUGUAAAUGUAAGGUGUUACCGGUAUCUUCCAAUCUGUGAAUCAUCUGACCUUAGACUGUAGGCCUAUUCACAAUGUUGUAUGAAGUGGAUAAGAAUACUCACUGAAUGAUGACAUGAGAUAACCUGUGUUGACCUUUUUGGUUUCACUGAAGUUUGGUUCCAUUUCCAUUCCUUUAGCAUCAAAUUUCCUUUGGUGGAUUCGACUAGGUUUGAUGUAUAGGACAUAGAAACGGUCCUGCCAAUACAGCACAACAUGUGGCAAUCUAGAUUGUUUAAAUUUGAUGUCCUAGAAAACCAAGUAGGCCUAGAUCCUCAUGUGGUAAUCACUUUCAUUUUAGUACAAUUAGCCAACAGUAGGACUACUUUAGCGCAAAGUAGAACAAUGAUAUCAAUAAAAUAGCCUAAUAACAAUCAAAUAGCCUAAUCAUAUUUAAUUGAGGAAGUUUUUCCAUGAUGUCAGCUUACCUUCUGAUUGUUGACGUCAGAGAUAACAUGGCGUGAGACAUCAACCAACUUUCCCUCUAAUAUGACACCUAGACCACUGUGGGAGAAAAUGAUUGUAGGCUGCUGUAUACAAUUUUUCAGGACUGUAGCUUAGCCUACAUGCACUUGUUCUUGUUUCUCUCUCUCGCUCUUUUGCUCUCUCUCUCUCAUACACACGCACUCACAGAGCCAUCUACUGCAUUUAAUAUAACAUUAGGCAUAUUUAAGUAUUAUAUUGUAUCUCUAUGCAGUAUUAUAGUUGAUCUUUAUGCAGAAUUACACUGAUUCUCUGCAGGCAGCAUCAUAGCUUUGAUCUGCGUCACGGCAUCAUACCUCUGAUAUGAGGAGGGGGACCACGCGUGCCCAAUCUUCUCAUUAUGAACAGGUUUAUUCUGCAAGGACGUGUUGUUAUAAAUUCGGCUCAUUUUGUAAAUGUAGAUAAAGCAACAUUCACACUGUUUUGAUACUCGAAAAACCGAAGCAAAACUAUCCCGUGACUUCCUGAUUCUACGUCAAACGGGAAAAAGUUUUGUUGUGCUCGUUUUGAAAGUCGGUGUGUCCCGAAAUUAUAUGUAAACGAUACACCACUGGAAUUGACGGCCAGUCGGUGUCUGUGCCAACAGCACUGACUGACAG